AUGGAGUCGGAGACAUUGCCCGCUACAAGGCCUUCGUCUUCCCUACCUCGACAAGGAUGGCCCCGACUACGAUCCCUAUCCCAUGCUUCUCAAGUCGUGCCCGCCACCGACCCCUCACACCAGACAAACCAACGAUACCAGUCCAUCGCGGAAGACCCCACCGCUGCAUAUCGUGCUACGGCUUUGCGCCAACUGAACGGUUCCCCAAGGCCUGCAUCCCGUCCUAUCCGAGUCGAUAAUCCCUCUGCCCGGCGCUUGUCGACACCUGAUAGAGGUCCGGUGCUAGUCAGGGCGUAUUCGGGCGAUGCGCAGAAUAGAUCUACACGACGGUCUACUAUGCCCUCGCGUCGGUUCCUCUCAUUUUCCAGCUCGAGGAGCUCGCCUCCCACGCGCCCGUCCCACUCUGAUGUCAUAUUCCCGACGGAUAAGGACUUCAGUAUUGAGAGUAUACUGCAGGCCAUCGAGCCUGAUAUCCGCGGCACUCUGGACUCCAUUGCUGAGAUCUGUGGGCGAAGCAAGCUGAGUCUUUCUAAUGAGUACGGGAGUCAUAUCGCGCCUUUGGGUGAGAUUUGUGCUCCGUCGAGUGCGCUGGGACCGGUCGAGGAGGCCGGGCCGAGUGAGGAACGACGUGCCGAUGACAGCAAUGCGGUCAUUGUUGAUGAGGAUGCUAGUCCGGUUGAUUCAGCUCAGGAAAUGCAUCCAUUCUCCUUUCAUCGGUAUCUAGAAAACCUGCGGCAUACUGCGUCUAUGCAGGAACAGAGUACACUUGACCAAAUAACCCAGCAGCCCCAUUCUCCAUUUUCUCCGGGCAUGGACUCCGCGGCGGAAACUGUUGUGCCUAUCGCCCCGGUCAUACAAUCGACCCCUUUCACGCGCGAAUUUGCAUCAAGACCCAAGCAUAACGGACGUGAUCUACUCGCAAAGAAUGCUGCUGCUGGCAGUGGCGAACAGCAGUCAUAUCAGAUGGCGACACCGGCUGUCGUCUCAGAGAUUCAUCUAGAGGCGAUUGCAAAUGAUGGAUCCUCCGAAUCCAAUAUUCUCCCACAGCCCGCUUUCGGCGGGGAAAGCUCGGGUCCGGAAAUCAUCCAAUCCCUCAUUGGGUGGCUGAAGUGGGCUGCCACUAUUGGGCCGGAAUCCAGUCCUGCUUUGCAGUCCGCGGAGAGCCGGCUGCGAGCUAUGCUUGAUCGAUCAGGCAAUUAG